UCAUAAGAGACGCCACAGUCGUCCACGUGUGCCCAAUGCAGGGCUCGUUAAAGAACAUCAAUUAUGCCAGAAUUAGGCAAUCAAAAAUUAAACCAAGGGCACAGAACUGUUCAGAAAAAUUUGUUGCACCGAUAUCGUGUAAUUAAACUGUGAACUAUCGCAUUUGACACAUCAAAAUUGUUCGGGAAAAUCCGGGACGUGAACACAUCUGUAUUCUACACCGGUUCAAAACCAAAAUUCUUACGGCGGGCAAUCGCGCAUCAAUGUUUCGCCCUAUCUUGUAAUGUUUUAUUUAUGAUUAAGUGUUCCUUCAUAAACAGUGCCAUAAGUAAUGUGUAAUUUUCUCCUUAUAUUUGUGUGUGACCGUGCUGAUUAUUUAUUAACUCGUAAUUCGUCUACGAUUAUAUAACUGUUCAACUAGCGUCACUCCAUUAAAUUUCAUUCACGAUGGAUAUUUUGCCGACACAAAUAAUUGAAGAUGAUUUCAUGCCGACGCAGAAACUAUCUCAUUCAUUGCCAUAUGAAGCAGUGCAAGAGAAAAUGCAGAUUGGAACAUUGAGAAUCGGUUCCACAACUUAUCCAAUUAAUCGAGGAAUUACUAAAAUUGGUAGACAUCCAAAUUGCAGUAUCAUACUACUAGAUCAAACUGUAUCCAAGAAGCACGCAGAAAUCGAAGCCAACAGUGGUGAAACAUGGAUUUGCGACAUGAAUUCUUCGAACCAAACAAUACUCAACGGUUCUGCUUUAAGGCCUGGUCGAUACUAUCAACUAAAAGGUGGAAGCGUUAUCGAAUUUGGCAUGGUGCGGGCUGUUUAUUCAGAACUUAAUUCAGUGGAUGAAUCCCUAAUCCUAGAAACCCCGAUUGCAAGUCGUCUGAAAACUGUGAAUACAGUUAUUCCAGGAACACCAGAUACAUCCAUAAACUAUUCGUCUACAUUGGAGACCGAGACCUCUAUGAUCCCAGGGACCCAAGCGGACAAAGAAGACUCUCUAUUCCGACGACCAUCCACACCUGCGAGAAGUUCUACCAACAGUCGCAAAAGCUAUCUACCAGACUCUUCUAUUGAGAACAGCAUGCACGAGUCUAAAGGCUCUCUAUUUCUCCCGAGAAAGGAGAAUCAAGAUGAACAGAGGGUCAGUAUUCAUGAUAUAGAAACGCAGAAAUCAUUUGAAUCUCAGAACAAUUUGAGUACCGACAUCCACGAUGUUGAAACUCAAAAGAUCUGCUUAAGCAGCUGCAGUUCUCCACACCCUGAUAAACAGACUGACAUACAUGACAUAGAGACGCAACCUGAGGAUACAAAUAGCCAAUGCAAUGUGACAGACAUUCAUGAUAUAGAAACACAGCAUGAUGAUGUGGAUAUUCAUAGCUUGGAGACACCAAGAAAGAUUGAUGUGCAGAACGUUUCCGUCAAAGGCGAUGAAAAUACGAGUUCUGUUAAUGCGGAACAAAUAAAAGAAGCAGAAUUAAUGGUAGAUGAAUCUAGUAUGAAGGCACAUAAGAAUGAAACUCAGUCCGAGGAAGCUAUAGUCGAAAAGGAUGAAAAUUCCACGCUUUCUAAACAAUUUGAGAUCAGCCGAAGAAGUUCGCAGGAGUGUUUAGAGUUAUCGAUAACGACCAACUUCGACGAUGAGUGCUCGGAACACGAUGAAAGUCGCAAUCUUCUAGAAUCGCCGAAUUUGUUAGUGGACUUCAUUGAUGAUGAUUCAGUGGACAAGUCUAGACCGAAAUCGAUCAGCCAUUCGAACUCUCUUGUGAAUAACAAUGAGAUGACUGAGAAAAGCAGCGACGAAGAGAAUAUAUUUGAUGCUGCAACACAAAUUAACAUUAACACUGAGAACAUUUUAGAAAAAGUGACGCAACAAGUUGAUUAUGCAUUUAAAACUUCUAUGGAAGAUGAUUCUGAUGAUACUGAUCAAGAGGGUGUAUUUCAGAGGUAUUCGCGAGUUGAUAGUCAGGAUAGCAGUCAGGGUAAAAGUCAGACAAAGAGGCAAUCUGAUAGCGAAGACUCCGAUACAGAUGAUGAAGGACAUUUCACCGCGAUAGCGGCGAAAGAAAAAAAAGCUGCGUCUAUGUCUCUUGAAUUGAGACAGAAUGAAUGCAAGCAGAACAAAAAUGAUGCUGGGUCGAGUGGGGAAUCUGAUGAUUUGUUUGAUAUACCCACGCAAAAGGUGAGCCUUAACGGCAAGGAUUCUUCAAAAGGACAGGGCGAUAUCAGUAAAGAUAGCGUCGACUUCGAUACACCAACACAAGUGAUUGAAAUGCACGUACUUGAGAACAUGACAGAAAAAAAGAAUUUGGACAUGGAUGCGCCAACGCAAUUAAUUGAAAUAAAUGAACCUGUAAGCAACAUGGAGCACAAAGACACAGAAGAUAUAGACGACUUAAUGCCAACGCAAAUAAUACCCAGCAUGGAAGUUUCCACAAACGUUAAUCUAACAAAAGAUAACACUAAGCAUAAUAAAGAGAAGGAGGAAGCUGACGUGCAGUAUAACACACCAACGCAAAUUAUUGCAGAAGUUCCUAUCUAUAAUGAACCAUCGCCCAAUGACCCAGAUCAAUUGAAUCCUCAUUUAGUAGACGAAUUCAGUGUCGAAGACAUUGAUUAUGAAAUGGCACCUACACAGUUGCUGGCUGACAUUGAGGAAAAGAAGAAGACUACGUCAACUAAGAAGAAAAGUAAAUCGCGAAACUCCAAGAAAGUAAAUUUGGAUGAUACUUUGGAGAGAAAUCUGAAUGCGAUGUUUGAUGACGUUAAUGAAAACAUCGAAGAUCAAUCACAAAUUUCAACUCAAGUGCUUACGAAUAUACUACAAUCAUCACAGAGUGAAGAAACGUCCACUGAUCUUAAUAUUGAUAAAGAAACGCCAAAGAGUAAUAGAGAAAAUAUGUCUACAAGUAGGGUGAGAAACAAAUCACCUAUAGUUAAACCAGAGGUAUCGCCAGUGCUAACAAAUAGGAAGUCACGCAGGUCUAGCUUGAGAAAAGCUACAAAUCAUAAUGACUCCCAAGACUAUUUCUCCAACCUUACCUCGACGAGGAAACGCAAUAUUCUUGUAGAUUCUCAAGAUAGUGAUAGUCUUAACGGAGAUGUAGCUGAUUCUAAGAAAGAAGUUGAAACAGAGUCAGUAAAUAAAAUUGUAAACAAUGAGAAUAUUGCUCCUGCUGUUUUAUUAAAGUCUGCGUCCGAAAAUUCGUCAUCGACAAGGCUUUCAAGAACAAACAAAGCCGAGGAGUUGAACAAGUUUGAGUCCAUUAUAGAGAAAACAGACUCACCAAAGAGUAAUAAGAACGCUAUAGGAGAUUCAGGCAAAGGUGAUGAAAAAUAUAACACAUCAGUUGAUGCUGGACCAUCUGAGCUGUCCGUUAGUACACUGGAGUCUGAUGAAGAAGACAUUAUGUCAGGCUUACCCGAAGUUCGAAUUUCAGGAACGCUGUCGAAUCCAGCAAGUCCUACUUCAUCGACGUCGACAGAAUUUAAAUUGUGCACUAGAAGCACGAAAUCAAGGUCCGGUGCAAAAAAGGCUGAAACCAGAAAGAAAGGAGCUCCAAGAAAGUCAACUCGAAAAUCAGUUACACGUGUGAAUGCAGAAAACAACGCACCUUCUAAAGUUAGCAAGUCAAGGACUACAGUAGUCUCAAGCAUUUUUACCAAUUUUGAUGCUGAUAAAAUACCGAUGACGAUACCAGAAAGCAAUGAGAACGAAAUAAACGAAAUUAUGCCAGCGAAGAGGAUGUCUUCGCGCAAAUCGCUACAAACAGAACCAAAUCCUCCGCAAGAAGAAGUAAGAGACAGUCCCUCCAUUCAGGGCAAUGGAAGGACUCGUGCUACCACUAAGAAGGAUGUUGAUAGUACAUCUGCUUUUCAGGUCAGCAAAGAAGUUCUGAUUGCAAAAGAGACUGAACCUGCAAGAAAAACUGCUCCGAGGGCAUUGCGUGGUGUUAAGAGGUCGCUUAGUUCAACUGGUGUAACUGAAAGUACCGCAGUGAAAAAGUUUAAGGUGGAUGUCGGUGAGAAAACGUUUGUGGCUAUCAAAGGUAGAAAAAAUAACGCUAGAAGCGUUCCGGCUACCAGAAGCAAUUCUGCAAAUAUUUUGGACUAUAUAAUGAGAAAAGAUUCGCCGGUGUUCAACUCGGACAGUUCACAACAGUCACUUACCAGCAGUCAAGAAAAUGCCGAGACUAAACAGUUGAGGAUAACAAUUACGAGAUUGUCUUCCAAUACUCCGACAUUACCACUAUCUCCUAGCACAGCUGUAGAUCUAACGACUGAGAAUGGUCAAGCGACUAUCAACAAAGCCAUAAGUACUUCAUCUGAAGAAGAAAGUGGUAGAAGUACAACAGAAAGGACCAAAAGAAAUAAUAGUAGACGGGCAACGAGCAAACGUAAUGUGGAGGAUAUCAGCGAGCAAGUAGGAGAAGAAUCGCAGGAAGUUGAGAUGAUUAUGAACUCCUGGGUGGAAGGGCAAGGUAUUAAUGUAAAUGUAAAGAACCAGGAAGAGACGAAUGAAAAUGCAAAAAGUGUUAGAACAAGAAGUACUCGGAAACGUGGGCACACAAGUACUAAUACCAGUGAAGAAAUUAUAGAGAACACUUCCUCGGAGGUAUAUGAGUUAGAUAACCCCAGCUUCGAGGUGCCUACAAAGGCCAAGCGCGCUAGAACUUCCAGAAAUACUACAAAUGUUGAUAAAGUUGCAGCGAAUGACACAACUACAAGAGAAAGAAGGAACAUUGCAACUAAUAAUACUGUAAGUAAAGAAACUACUAAAAAAGGAAAAAAGAAAGGAAACGCGCAAAAGGUGGUCACGGAAGAGAAGAAUGAAGUCAGUAUACUAGAAGAAACAACGUUUUCAGAAAUCAAUUCUAGCAUGGAUAUGUCAGCUAUGUCAACACCAACUAGGUCAAAAAGAAAUAUGUCUACCUCAUUUGCAACAUCAUCGCCGUAUAAAAUAAAACAUAAAAUUUUAUUCACUGGCAUAUCCAAUGAUUACACUAAGCUGUUAACAAAACUGGGCUCAUCUCAAGUUGAAGACCCAACAAAAUGCACUGUGUUAGUCACAGAUAAAGUUCGAAGAACUGUUAAGUUUCUGUGUGCAUUGGCACAAGCAGUGCCGAUAGUUUCAAUAAGUUGGUUGGUCGAAAGUGAAAAGGCAGGACACUUUGCAGAAUUGGAUAAUUAUGUAUUGAAAGAUCCUGCUGCGGAAGCUAAAUUUGGUUUCAGAUUAAGAGGAAGCUUGGAGAAGGCGAAGAAACAAAAAUUGUUGGAUGGAUAUACUGUUCUUCUAACGCCUAACGUCGCCCCACCGUUGCCGGAAUUGAAAAGUAUAAUUAAUUCAUGCGGUGGUAAACCAUUGGUUCGACCUCCGACAAAAUGGCCAGAAAAAGCAGUUAUCGUUUCCCGUGAGGAAGAUAUUGCAACUGCGAAAAAGUUCAUCGCGAAAGCUCCAACAACGGUCACCAUACAGUCGACAGAGUUUAUACUAACUGGUAUUUUGCGUCAAGAAUUAGAUUUCAUUAAGUACAAAUUAACGUAAUGUGUUAUUACUAAAGACUGAAUACAUAUUACGUGAGAGAAA